AUGACUAGCGACCAAGACCAACUCAAGCGACCAGCGAGAAACUCAGGCGAUAGCUUCGGCGAUCAGCAAGGAACUCAAGCGACCAUCCAGGCUACUAUCGCUGCUCAGUUCUCAGACGUGGAUCAUCCAUCUAAACCAGUUGCCCAAUCAAUAUCUGCCACGUCAUCUUCAAGAACAAUACUUGAGAAAUUUUAUCUAGGAGUUCUCUCUCUGUCUCUGCACAUGGAAAUUCCAGAAAUCAGCAUUAUAGGCGGUUUUGAAGCUGGAAUGAAAUACCUGCAAAACCCAUCUCUGAUUUCUCGAUUCUUUUCUCUCUCUGGAAUUGAUAGAGUGCCUCAAGUGUACAGCUUUUGGCAAUUGGGUGCUCUAAUUCUUGCUUUUGUCGCCACUUUCACCGGCAUAAUCAACACAAUCAAGCUCUUAAUCAUCCGGGUCCGUACAGUCAAGCCUUUAUUAGCUUCAUUUUCAGAACCCCUUUUCCAAUUUUCCGACGACGAUGAGAACUUCAGUGAUGACGAAACAGCGUCAUCCGCUUCUUUUGAAGAGGAAGAAUACGAAUCAACGUCGUCGUCUGAUGAUGAAUUACCGGUUGAUGAAGAUUUUGGUGUAGCGGGUUCAAGCCUUUACAGUGAAAACCAAUCGCUAGGUGGUAAAUUUAAGCUCCGGCGGCGGUUUUCUUGGUCCAACUUUGCCGCCGGGAAAAGCGUUGUAAGGCUUUGGGAUAGUUUGGGGUUAGGUUUAGAUUUUGAAGACUCUUCUAAUGGUGUUGUUUCGAUAUGGGACUUAAAUAACGAUCAAAAAAUAAGCUCAUUUUUUAACCGGAGUUGUCAGAUUCCGGCCGUAGCAAGGUCAGCACCGGCUAUUGUGGUACAAACCCAAGUUGAUAGCUGCAGCAACUCUAUUAUUUUCAGUGCUCAUGACACCAGGGUGGGAAGUCAUACUCCGGCGAUAUACGCCAGCUGGCAGUCUCCUGUGACGGAGGUGGUGAGUAUGAAUUCCGGCGGAGUCGAGAAGGUGUACGUCAGAGGCGACGUCACCGGCGUUUUAACAGUAGGCGACCUGAGGAACGUUAAAACACCGUUAAAAAACGUAACGGAAUCUGACGGAGACACCUGGUGGGACGCUGACGCCGUCAUUGUUGAGAAUGAGUUCGUUGACGAUCGGCGGUAA